UGGACACGUCCCUGCAAGUCUAAAGAGGGCUGUCCUUCGGACUCCUUCCACCAACCAGUGCAAGAACCUCAAGUCGGCGUAAAGCUCAAAUCUAGACUGGCUGUAGCACGUUCCACGUACGUAAUACUUCCGAACACCCUUACUCUAAGCAGUACCGCUGUUCAGGGUCAAAGCACGUUGGAGUCAGUCAAUUGGACCACGACACUUCAGCCAGAGAUGGCUUCGAAGGUAACUCGACUCAGAGCCCUUGCGCUUUAUAAGGAACUUCAUCGACUUGGCAGAGAUUAUGAACCUUCAUAUGACUUCCAUGGGAAGCUUAGACGCUUGUUCGAAAAGAACCGGAACCUCAAUGAUGAUGAAGAAAUAGAGAAGGCGCUUAGGCUUGGAGAAUAUAUCAAGAACGAAACCCUUGCCCUGUACUCGCUUCGCAAAUAUCGACACCUGAAGCGGAUGUAUCCUUCAAACACUGCGUCCGAUACUUGACAGAUCGUUAUCACCAUUCUUGGCGUCGGCCGAAUUCAAUCCUCUCUUUUAAAGUUUUAUGAUAUUGGAAGAGGAGUCCGGAAGAAUAGUGAGGCGCGUGCGUACGAGAAAGUUCAGAAAGUUCAGAAACUGCCGCGCAUUGCUUGCAGGCAUUGACGGCUUGAUCGUUGUCUGGUAUCCUAUCGCUGUAUGGCUGACUGAACCAUGCAAUCUUGACUUAUCCACUGGACUUGUUGAGGGAAGAUUGCAAAU